AUGAUACAAAUUGAUGGCACGUUCCUGUACGGAAAGUAUAGUGGAACUUUGCUUAUUGCCACGACACAGGACAGGAACAGUAAUGUGUUGCCUUUAGCUUUUGCAAUUGUGGAGGGAGAAACACUCGGUGAUUGGACGUGGUUUCUUCGUCUGAUGCGUGUGCAUGUCACCAGGAAACAAGGGAUAUGUCUAAUAUCAGACAGACACGCCAGAAUUCUCUCAGCAGUGGGGAAUCCAUCUAACGGGUGGCAGCCACCAAACGCUUAUCAUGUGUAUUGCAUUCGCCACGUUGCCAGCAAUUUCAACACCAGGUUUCACAACACACAGCAGAAAAAUGAACUGAUAAAUAUGGGUCGUAGAUACGACCACAAGACCACGAACUUAUCUGAGGCGGUGAACAAAGUGUUCAGGGGUGCUAGAAACUUGCCUAUCACUGCACUUGUUAAAUGCACAUAUUGCAGGCUUGUGGAAUAUUUUGUGCAGCGAGGUUCUGCAGCAGCAGCACAACAAGUAGUCGACGACAUAUAUUGUAACAAGGUCAUGGAGGCCAUGACAAAGAAUGCGACGAUUGCCCAGUCUCACAUUGUGCGCACGUAUAGCAUAGAUAGGUCCAGGUUCGAAGUAGAGGAGGGAUUCAACCAGCAGAACCAUCGCAGUGGUUAUACGUGGCGACUGAACUUAGAUGAAAGAACUUGCGAAUGUGGACGCUUCCAGGCUUUCAAAUAUCCUUGUUCACAUGUGAUCGCGCCAUGCGCCAACCAGAGUUUAGACUAUCUUCAAUAUGUAGACCCUGUUUAUACGAUCCAGAACAUUGUGGAUGCGUAUUCAGGGCAGUGGUACCCCAUUGGGAAUGAUCUGAACAUGCCGCCAAGAGCUGGGCCUAGAAUUACUCGAGAUCCUGCCAAAAUACGAAAGAAGGGUCGUCCAUGGUCUACCCGUAUAAGAAAUGAGAUGGACUUGAGGGAGACUCAAUCUCAGCCGAGUCGGAGAUCGGUGUCACUACAAAGAUAA